GCUGGGCUCGGCCGGGGGUGCCUGAAAUUCGCGGCUUCCCAUCUCUGUGUUGCGACAUCAGAAACGGGGAAAAACCAUAAAUAAGCUUGUUCCUCCGCACCUCGCUCGCACUGGGUGUGUAUUCAAACUCCCGGUGCUUCCCUGACCUCGUAAGAGCGGAUAUUUGUUAGCGUUUCAAUAAUAAAGCCCGCAGCAGAAGUGCUGCCCUGGGGCUGAAACCGCAGAGGCAGAACUGGAUGUCUAGGGUCAGGAAAAAGACACCAACGGAGAUGCUUUGUGGGUUUGGUGUUAUCCGUCCGUAACAGCUGAGCUGAGGACUCUGUUGCUGCGAAAGUGCUGCCUCACGGAUGAAAACAAGUUGCUCCAUACGUUUGUAUUUGGCCAGUACAAAAGGUCUUGGUUCUACAUCACAACUGUGGAAGUUCAGGAUUCUCCAGCUUUGAAAAAGGUGACCCACUUUUCCAUUGUCCUGACGGCCAAAGACUUCAACCCAGAGAAAUACGCCGCCUUCACGAGGAUACUCUGCAGGAUCUACUUGAAGCAUGGAAGCCCAGUUAAAAUGAUGGAGAGUUACAUUGCAGUGCUCACAAAAGGGAUCUGCCAAAGUGAAGAAAAUGGAUCUUUCCUCAGCAAGGAUUUUGAUGCUCGGAAGGCUUACCUUGCUGGUUCCAUCAAAGAUAUAGUGUCUCAGUUUGGAAUGGAAACAGUUAUCCUAUAUACAGCACUGAUGUUAAAGAAGAGAAUUGUGGUGUACCAUCCUAGAAUAGAAGCUAUCCAGGAGUUUACCAGGACCCUGCCUGCUUUAGUGUGGCAUCGACAAGACUGGUCAAUUCUUCAUUCAUACGUGCAUCUAAACGAGGAGGAAGUGGAAGCCUUGAAAGCCUGCACAGGUUACAUUGCUGGAUUUACAGAUUCUGAAGUGAACAGCAGACCAGACCUGUAUGAUGUGUAUGUGAAUUUGGCAGACAGUGAGAUUACUGUUUCCCCUGUAGUAAAAGAGGCAAUGACAAUGGGAAAACUUCACAAAGAAAUUGGACAGCUAAUUGUUCAAUCUGCAGAAGAUCCAGAUAAAUCAGACAGCCAAGUCAUUAAGGACAUUUCUCUGAAGACAAAAGAAAUCCUGGCUAUUUUAGCCUCACUUACUGAAGCUUCUGAUGGCAAUGAAAAACCAACCCUUAACUCUGAGGCCCUGAAACAAAAGCGGUUUCCACCAGCUACAGAAAACUUCCUUUUUCAUUUAGCAGCUGCUGAGCAACUGCUCAGAAUCUGAUCCUGAGGCACUGGAGUGUGAUGGACCAAUUCAGAAAGGCUGUCUCUGCCAUACAGAGAGGUACACCUGGUAUUUUAUAUGGAAAAAUUCAAGGUAUAGGAGUGGAUGUCAUAGUUACCACGAUACAGUGCAGAAUAUUGGAGCUUGACCGGGAACAUGGAGACAUUUUUGGGAACAUUCCUGGUGUCAUUGUCCUUCCCCAAUUCUAACUGUGUACACAUGGCUCCCGUGUUCCAUGCCAUGACAUGAGUGUACAUACAACAGCACAGGCCUGUGUGUCCAGGCUGUGCCAGACAUGGUGGCAGUGGCUGUUUGUCCUGCACAUUCCAGAGGCUGCACAGCUCUGACUUGUCUUCCUGGGCUCUGGAACACAGCACAGCUGCUGUACAACCAGCACAGUUUGGAUGUGUUCAUCUCUGCACAGGGACACACUGAACGUGCAGUGGGCUGAGUGCUCCUUCUGGCCUUCCAGGUGUGUCAGCCUGUGGGAUGCUGCUCUUGCUCUGGGCUGCCUGGUUCCUGGAAAUCCCAACUAAAUGGACAAGUUCUCUUCUUUCUACUUGAAAGUGUCUAGGUGUGGAAAAAAAGGAUGUCUGGGAAAAUCUGAUGUGGUAGCCUUAGCACAUAGAGAAAGGGGUAUUUUGAAGCUCAGGUGUGAGUUGAGCACCUCUUUUGGACUCUUGCCUUAGAGGUUUUCCCCCCUUUCACUCCAUCCCAUGCCUCUGAUGGAGGGAUAAGAGUCCAGGAUUACUGUGUUUAAAAUGGGGCUUCCCAGGGGGCUCACAGACAGGUGCUGCUUUACAGCUGCAGUCAUUUAAGAAGCUGUUGGGGUUCUCAGCUGAGAAGAGACCUUGCCAUUCAUUUCUGAUCCACAUGAAAAAGUCAGGUGAGUUAAAACCUCAUGGACCAGGAAUGUCCCAAUGGGAAGGUACCACAGGGAGAGCAUCAGCUUCUUAAACUGCUGGAGCUGUAACACGGGCACUGUCUGAUGGUGCUCUGUGUAAACGAGAUCGAGGUGGAAACUUUGGAAGUAACAGUGAAAACUGGGAAAGAGUUGAGAGAAAAUUUAAAAUUUGCCUACUUGUUUGGUUGCACAGCCAUAACUCAAGAGAUUUCUUUUUGUUUCACUGAGCAGCCUGAAACCAACUGCUUUGUAAUCUUCUGAGAAGAAUUUAGAGUCUUUGUAGGGAGAUGCUCUGAGCCAAACAAUCUGUAUUUGUUCAGAAAUGUCCACAACAAAUCAGUCAGUUCUGCAGUAGCACUUUGUUAUAUGAAAAAAAAAUAACCUUUUUCCUGGCCUUUGUACAGAUAGGCUGUAGCAUGUGGUUUUACAUAGAGAUUUUAUACUUAUGAAUAAAACUUUAGUAACCAAUAUUUAUAUUGUUAAAUAAUUGGAUGUUUGCUAUUCUGAAACUGGUAGAGUUCAUCAAUAAGUAUUUACAAGCAAUAUUGGUUGGAAAAAGGGUUGUCUUUUUGCUAUGUAUCAUACAUUAAGGAAAUCUAUUUUAGAGUGUGAUUAAGGAAUGUGGCAUCUAUGUAUAAAAUGGAUAGUUAUUACAGUCAGGAAAUGAAAGUGCUUCAGAACAACCCCCUAUUUUCAGGGGUGUUAAAAUUCUACUUUAAACACUUAAUCUGAAGUUUAACUUCUGAACACAGUAGCCUGUACUUUGGUGGUUUUUUUAACUUCUGAGAAAAAUAUUGCAACUGCCUUUGUUUACCUGUAAGUGCUCUACAGCUUUUUUUCCCCGUUUACCCAUUAAUGUUUUUUCUUAAUGGUUUGUUAAUAUUGCUGCUUCUGUUUUGAGACCUUUAAAACAGUUGGAAUAGCAGAACUGCAAAACUGUGCUGAAAAUUCCAUUCAGGACUUACUUUUAAGUCCCCUGAGACUGAAGUCUUUCACCAAGAAAAACCUGGAUCUGCUUCAGCCACCUGUCUUAACACCACAGUGUAACUGAGAAGAAAUUUGCAUCAUUUCUUAUUAACAAAAAGCCUUAAGGCAUAUCCAGAGAGAACCACAAAAAGCAGAGGAGCUCAGUUGCAAACUAAACAUUGAAUGCCUGUUUUGCUUUCUGUCCUGGAAACAUUGAAGUUGGAAAUCUCAGUGUUGUAUCCGAUCUUCUGAUGUUUCUGCAGUGCAGGUGAAAUACAGUUUUGCACUUAAGGAAGUGGACUCACAGCAUGCUUAUGCCUAUUAAAAAUCUUCUGAACAGUCUACCCUUUAA